GAAGCAGCAACAGAACACCGCUUUCUCCCUCCAUAUCUAUCUCUUCUUCCGUUUUCUCAGCGAGAAGAAAGAAGAAGACGACGAAGAAGAAAGGCGAUGAACGGAGGCGCGCCGACGAGUCCUCGGACUGUAGAUCAGGUGUUUAGGGAUUUCAUGGGCCGCCGCGGUGGAAUGAUCAAGGCUCUGACUACCGAUGUGGAUGAGUUUUAUCAGCAAUGUGAUCCUGAUAAGGAGAACCUCUGUCUCUAUGGGUUUCCAACUGAGCAGUGGGAAGUAAAUUUACCUGCCGAGGAGGUUCCUCCCGAAGUUCCAGAGCCGACAUUAGGUAUCAACUUUGCCAGAGAUGGGAUGCAUGAAAAGGACUGGUUAUCUCUUGUUGCUGUUCAUAGUGAUGCAUGGCUACUUUCAGUUGCCUUCUAUUUUGGUGCCAGAUUUGGUUUUGACAAAGCUGAUAGGAAACGCCUCUUCAAUAUGAUAAAUGAUCUCCCUACGAUCCUUGAAGUUGUCAGUGGAGCUGCUAGGAAACAAUCAAAGGAAAGAUCAUCUGUUACCCAUCAGAACAGCAGCAACAAAACCAAGUCAAACUCUAAAAUGACAAAGCACUCUAAAGUCCAACGUGUGGACGAUGAUGAGGAAGUUGAUGAAGAUGAGGACGAGGACGAACACAGUGAUACCCUGUGUGGGGCAUGCGGCGAGAACUAUGCUUCAGAUGAAUUCUGGAUUUGCUGCGACAUAUGCGAGAGGUGGUUCCAUGGGAAGUGUGUGAAGAUCACCCCUGCUAGGGCUGAACACAUAAAGCAAUACAAGUGCCCGUCUUGCAGCAAUAAGAGGCCAAGGCCUUGAUGAUCCUCUCUCUAUCUUGUGGGUUCUUCUGAUCUUCACUUGCAGGUUUUAGUUGUCUCCUUCGGCUUCUCACCUUAAAACUUCUUCUGCUUUCGAUUCGUAACAGAUAGGCAAUGUAUUUCAAACUUCAGUCCCCACUCCCCACUCUUGUUUAUCAGGAUGAUGAUUUACUGCUGGCUAAUAGUAUGAAUAUAUUCUCAUUUGGGUA